UAUAAAUAGCACGGAUGAUAAUAGCAUUUUACUUUUCAUAUUAUUUCGUUUUUUUCUAAUUUCAACGUUAAAUUUUGCCUAAAAUAUGGCAAAAUAUCAACUAGUUUUUGAAAAGGUAAAUUCAGAUUUGGAGAAUUUGCCCAUGCCACGCAGUGGUCAUCGUUGUUCAACUGAUGGCGUAUUUUUAUAUUGUUUCGGUGGUUUUAACCCAGAAAAACAUAACAAAUUGUUUUACGAAAAUAUAUGGUGCUUUCAUUUGUCAUCUAAAACGUGGCAUAAAGUCAUAACGGCUAGUUGCAACUCUGGACAGAUCCCAACAUGUGUUGCUUCGAGUGUGGCAUUUUUGCACCGAGGGAAACUGUUCGUGUUUGGCGGAUCUGGGUAUCCAUUUGGUAUGAAAAACAGCAACGGAAUGUUCUACAUUGACCCAAAGAAGCAACUUUGGCAUUAUUUGACACAAACGAAUGAUGUUGUACCAUCACCAGGGUAUGGCCAAGGCAUUGCUAUGGACUCAGAUAAACGCAUGUAUAUUUUUGGUGGUACAAAAGGCCUUACUUAUUAUAAUGAGCUACACAAGUUUAAUUUUGAGACAUGUAAAUGGGAACUUAUCCAAGCCACCGAACCACCUUCAGGACGAUACAGGCAUGAGAUGGUUGCUAUUGAAAAUGGCUUUGCUGUUAUUGGUGGAUAUGGUAUCCAUGGUGCAUGUUCUUUGGAUAAAUUACCAGUAUAUAAUUAUGGCACUUGUUUGUGGGAUGAAGUAAUCUGCCAGGAGGAUCCAGUUCAUGGUUUUCCAGAACCCAGGCGUGCACACAGUUGUGUACAAUAUGAAGACAAUGUGUAUGUUUGUGGUGGGUUUAAGGAGGAACGUAAAGAUCAGAUAUUUGAUGAUAUAUGGAAAUUGAACAUUAAGACAUUCUCAUGGUCAAAAAUACCUCAGGUUAUGCCCUCUCCAACAUACUUUCACUCAGCUGCAGUGACCAAGGCAGGUUGUAUGUAUAUCUUUGGGGGGAUUCAACAGGCAAGAGAAGAUUCUUCAGCUGAAUGGAAUCAAAGGACAAAUAAUCUGCUUAAAAUGUGGCUAGUAAUACCACCACUGGAGAGGCUUUGUUGGGAGGCACUUUGCGAAACCAUCCCACAAGGUCAAAGAUUUGAUACAGCUAAACUGGGUAACCUUGGUCUUCCAAGAUAUCUGUUAACAGAUUAUGAUGCUCAGUUUUUAGUUGGACUUGAAAAUGAUGAUAUAUAUGAAUCCUGUUAUGCCUUUCAAGUGUAGACUAG